AUGUUUUCUAUUGAAAGUAGAAAAUUAAAAGAAAUGGUUCCAACUUGGGAAGAAAUGAUAAAAGAAUAUAAAUAUUUAAAAAAUAAAAAAAUUGUUAUGGUUAUUUUAAUUUUUUUAUUUAUACCAAUAUUUUAUUUUUUAUUUUAUGAUAAUUCCCAACCAAUAGAUGUAUAUCUAAUCCCACAUUCUCAUUGUGAUUUUGGUAAAACUGGUGAUUAUAAUGUAUAUAACAAAACAUCGAAAAUUUUAAAUAAUGUAAUAUUAGAGUUAUACCAAGAUAGAGAAAAAACAUUUAUUUGGGCAGAAAUUAAUUAUUUUAGUAAAUGGUAUAAUGGUUUAAAUGAAGAUAUAAAAAAUAUAGUAAAAAAAGUAAUAGAUAAUAAACAAUUAGAGUUUGUGUCUGGAGGUUGGGUACAGAAUGAUGAUGCUGUUGCAAAUGUUGAUGGCAUUUUAGAACAAAUCACCCAAGGUCAUAUAUGGUUAAAAGAUACAUUCGGUUAUACGGUAGAAUAUGGUUGGCAAGUCGAUUCUAUAGGAUAUUCAUCAAUAACACCAACUUUAUUAUCAAAGAUCGGUAUUAAAGGCCUAGUAAUAAAUGGGGUAUCUGAUACAAUCAAGACAUAUUUGAAGAAGGCCAAGUCUAUGGAGUUUAUCUGGAGAGGUUCAGAAACCGUGGGUCUUGGAUCAGAAGUAAUGGUAACACUGCUAAACGAUGGAUAUGAAUAUACAGAGUCUUUAAACCCAGACUCAAAGAUCUCAAUGGGUCUAAGGGUGUCCCAUUUUUUAAAGUAUUUGAAGAAACAAGCAAAAACAAUAAAAUCAAAUCAAUUGAUAAUUCCAUUGGGCUCUAAUUUUGCAUACACUGACGCAGCAGAUGAGUUUUCAAUUUCCAAACAAGUUAUUGAAAAGAUAUUAAAACAUAAAGAGUCUUAUAGAAUUAAUUCAAUCCAAUACUCCACCUUAUCAAAUUAUUUUAAAUCUGUUCGAAAUCAUUAUUUAUCCAACAUUGAUGGUCAACAUAUUACACUUUUUAAUAAAGAUUUCUUACCCUAUACAACAAAUAACAACUAUUGGACAGGUUAUUAUUCUAACCAACCCAUUUUAAAAAAGGAAAUUAGAGAUACACAGAAUUUAUUAAGGAAUGUAGAGUCGCUCUAUGCAUUGGCCACUUUAAAGAAUUCUAAAAUAGCUCAAUUACAGAACCAACUCGAAAAUAUUAGAAAUGAAAUCUCUUUGGCCCAAGAUCACAACAUUAUUGCCGGUACAUCAAAAGGUUCAAUUUUAAAACAAUCUUUUCAACGUAUACAAAACUCUAGGGUCAAUUCAUAUAAUAUCCUAUCAAAUUCAUUAGAGCUCAUUUUAAAAAACAGUAAUGGUUCAAGUAAAGCAAUGGCCCCAUUCAAAUAUGAAAAUGUAGUCGAUAUUGACUCUUUAGAAUAUGAUGAAUUAUAUUCAAUAGUAUUUCAUAACUCACUAAGCUGGGACUCUGACCAACAUGUUUCAAUUAGAGUAAGAUCGUCUAAUCGAACCUUAAUUGAUGGGUUACAGUUAAUAGAUUCUAUAUCUAUGAAUCCAGUAAUAAUUCAAGCUAUAAAGAUUCAGCCAAAAGGUCUUACUUGUUUUACAUCAUCAUCCAAUGACUAUUCAAUUUAUUCCAUUAUUAAUAUACCUGCUUUAGGUAUUAAAACUUUUUUCCUUAAAGUUAAUAGACAAUAUACAAAGAAGGGUAUUCUUUCAUCUGAAAUGAUCAUUUCAAAAAAAAUUAAUGCAACCAAAAUUUUAAUUUCAUCAACAUUAUUAGAGUUUACUUUCGAUCCAUAUGGUAGACUACAAACUAUUAGAAAUAGCGAUAGAAGUGAAAUUAAAAAUGUUAGCCUAAGCUUUUCACAAUACAAGGCUUCAAAAGGUAGUACAUAUAUAUUCAAAUCAUCAGGUGACAAAGAAGAAAUCUUGGUUAAACCUGAUAAAGUUAUUCACUACGAUGGACCAUUGUUUACUCAAAUAACUCUAAUUUAUGGUAAUAAUAGUAUGGUCAAUUGUAGCCAUACCUCAAUAAUACAUCAUAGAGCAUAUAGAAGGUCAAUUGAAAGGGACAAGCAUUAUUACCCCACAGAAAGAUUUUUAGAAACAAGUUAUUCAAUCAUGGGUCAGUCAGAUACAGAAAAAGUUGUUUCAUUUGAAAUCAAUUCACUUCCAGAGAAACAUAAUGAGUUUUACACUGAUAAUGGUAUUGAGGCAAGAAGAAGAGAAAUUAACACAAAUAGAGGAUUCUUUCAAAGAGAAAAAAAACUAUCGUCUGAAGCAAACUAUUACCCAGUGAUAGGUUACAUCAAAGUCAAAGAUACCAGUUUUGUUCCCAAAAAAGAUGAAUAUGAUAUUAAGGCCUCUUUUAACAAAAAUGAACAGUAUACAGUUUAUGUUGAUCGAACACUCGGUGCUACUUUUGGAAAUCGUUCAAUUGAAAUCAUGUUACAUAGAGCAGUGGGAAAUAGUGACCAAUCUAGAAUCGAGGGUAAAUUUUAUUUAAAUUUUGAUUCUAUCCAAUCUCAAAAACAAGUCGAAAAGAAAACUUCACUUCAAAUUGAACACCCACCAUUUUAUAUGGUUAAAAAGAUAUCAAGUAUUUAUAAAUAUAAAAAGAACUAUAUCAUAUCCUAUAGUCCACUUUCAAAAGAAUUACCAGAUGAUAUACAUUUACAAUCAUUUAAAACUUUUUUAAAUAAUAGAAUUGGUUUAAGAUUGUUUAAUAUUAAUAAUAAUGAUAUGGAUAAUCAGAAAAAUGGCAAAUCAAAUGAAUUUAAAUUGUUCGAAUCAUUAAAUAUCACAAGUAUAAAUGAAACUACUUUAUCAUUUAGUGAUUUAAAAAAUCAUAAUAGGGGGUUACCAUCAACUUUAGAUGCUUAUUUACCAAUAGUAUCAGGUGAAUCGGAAUAUCAUAAUGUUAUCAAAUCAAAAAACAGAUAUAUAUUUAAACAAGAUAAUUAUAAAUUUGCAAUUAACCAGUUAGAAUUUAAAUCAUUUAUAAUCGAGAGUGCCACUACACAAAGCAAUACUGAAGUUUAUUCAAAUUUUUCAAUUUUUCAACAUGAUAACAAUAGAUUUUUAUAUGACUUUUCAGUUUUACCCAUUUUUAUUAAUUUUCAAGAUGAUCACAAUUUUAAAGCUUAUGAAAAUACUUUAAAAAUCGAAAACGAUAGUACCCAAGAGAACUUUUAUCUUUUAACACUUACCCUUAUAAUAUUUGUGGUUUUAAUAGUUUAUUUAACAUACAAAAAGAAAGUUAAUAAUAAAUCAGAUUAA